UUGUCGUGUAAUAUCUUUUCUCUUCAAAGUUAAGAAUUUGCGUGAGGUCGUCGGUAGGAGGUGUGCGCCUGUGUGGACAGGUGGGCAGUGAUCAGGCCAGGUGGCCGCCAUCUUGGAUUUCAUGGAGAGUUCCCCCAGUGGACGUAGCACGAUUUUCUUCUGAUUUUGGACAUUUCUAACUACAGAAAACGGGUAACCUGCCCCCAUGAGUCAGCUACUGGAAAAGUUGACAAUGCCGGCGCCGGCUAAGCUGCGCGACCUGAUCCGGCAGAUCCGAUCGGUCCGCACCCAGGCCGAGGAGAGGGCUGUGAUUGAGAAGGAGUGUGCGAGUAUCCGUGGCAUGUUCCGAGACGAGGACAACACCUAUCGCUGCCGUAAUGUGGCCAAGCUACUGUACAUCCACAUGCUGGGCUAUCCUGCACAUUUUGGACAGCUGGAAUGCUUGAAGUUGAUCGCGUCCCCCAGAUUCACAGACAAGCGGAUUGGUUACCUUGGUGCAGCUCUCCUGCUGGAUGAGAGACAGGAUGUUCACCUGUUGGUCACCAACAGUCUCAAGAAUGACUUGAACCACAACACCCAGUUUGUGGUGGGGCUGGCGCUCGGCACCCUGGGAAAUAUCUGCUCUGUCGAGAUGAGCAGGGACUUGGCAGGAGAAGUGGAGAAACUCCUCAAGUCGUCCAAUGCUUACAUCAAGAAGAAGGCUGCUCUAUGUGCAGUUCGCAUCAUAAGGAAGGUUCCAGAAUUGAUGGAGAUGUUCUUACCAGCCACAAAGAACCUGCUGAAUGAGAAAAAUCAUGGUGUCCUGCUGACAGCGGUGUGUCUGAUCACAGAGAUGUGUGACAAGAGCCCAGAUGCUCUGGCUCACUUUAGGAAGCAGAAUAAGAUGGUCCCACAACUGGUGCGAAUCCUGAAGAACCUUAUCAUGGCAGGGUACUCUCCAGAACAUGAUGUGUCCGGAGUCAGCGAUCCAUUCUUACAAGUGAGGAUAUUGCGGUUGCUGAGGCUUCUGGGAAAAAAUGACAGUGAUGCAAGUGAAGCCAUGAAUGAUAUUUUGGCACAGGUUGCCACCAACACAGAGACAACAAAGAAUGUUGGGAAUUCAAUCCUGUAUGAAACAGUACUCACUAUCAUGGACAUCAAAUCAGAGAGUGGGCUUAGGGUUCUAGCUGUAAAUAUUUUGGGAAGAUUCCUGUUGAACAAUGACAAGAACAUAAGAUAUGUAGCCUUGAACUCCUUGUUGAAGACAGUGCAGACAGAUUUGAAUGCUGUCCAGAGGCACAGAAGCACAAUAGUGGAUUGUCUGAAGGACCCUGACAUCUCCAUUAGAAAACGAGCAAUGGAGUUGAGCUUUGCACUGGUGAACAGCAACAAUGUACGAGGGAUGAUGAAAGAGCUUAUCUUCUUCUUGGAGAAGGCUGACCCCAUCUUUAAAGUAGACUGUACUUCCAACAUCUGCAUAGCUGCCGACAAAUAUGCUCCCAACAAAAGGUGGCACAUAGACACUAUGUUGAAAGUUUUGUCAACGGCUGGUAGCUAUGUGAGAGAUGAUGUGAUUGCACACAUGAUCUCCCUAGUGUCGGAGGCCUCUUCACUACAGGCCUACACAGUACAGCACCUCUUCAGGGCUAUCCAGGAGGACAUCACACAGCAACCCCUGGUCCAGGUGGCCUCCUGGUGUGUUGGAGAGUAUGGAGAUCUCCUCAUGUCAGGGCAGGUGGAGGAGGAAGAGCCUCUUCAGGUGACAGAAGAUGAGGUUUUAGACACACUGGAGAAAAUCAUGAACAGUUCUGGUUCGUCAGCUGUCACAAAAUCCUUCACACUGACUGCAGUGAUGAAGCUCAGCACACGCUUUACACAGACAAUACCCCGAAUCCAAGCCUUAAUGGAUCAGUUUGGCAGCAGCGUGGACAUGGAGUUACAGCAACGAUCUGUAGAAUUUGCCAAACUCUUCAAGUCUUAUGAUCAUAUGAGGUCUGGUCUACUUGAGAGAAUGCCACCACUAGAUGCCAAGGUAGGAAGUAAAGGAGAGGGAGAAGCAAACACAAAUGGAGAGACCACGGCAGUUUCACCUCCUGCUAGCCCUGCUGUCAAACAGGAAGAGGGUAAUGCAUUGCUGGACUUGUUAGGAGGAGGGCCAAGUCCUGCCCCAGUCAUCCCACAAGUGGAGAAGCCUGCAGCACCACCUGCAGCCAGUAACGACCUGCUGGGAGAUCUGCUGGGCUUGGACCUGUCCUCACCUGCUGCAGGUCCAGCUCCCAUGGUGCCUGGCAUGAGCGCUCCCCAGCCCCAGGUGGACAUGUUAGGAGGCCUGAUGGACGGGGUCACUCCACAACCAGCCGUGCAAAUGUCUGCCAACAAUCUAGGGAUCCCGUCACUAAUAGCAUAUGAAAAGAAUGGGCUCAAGAUCGAGUUCAGCUUCCAGAAGGACAACAGCAAUGCUAACGUAGUUAUCAUCACGCUGACGGCCACCAACAGCACGGAUACACCCAUGGAUGAGUUUGUGUUCCAGGCUGCAGUUCCAAAGACAUUCCAGCUUCAGCUCCAGUCCCCAUCUGGUAGUGUGGUCCCCGCAUCCAACAUGGGAGUGGUCACACAGGUCAUCAAGAUCCUCAACCCACAGAAAGCACCAAUCAGGAUGAGAAUAAAGUUGACGUACAACUACAAGGGAAACAAUGUCAACGACAUGGGAGAAGUGAACAGCUUUCCAGCGGCUCUGUGGCAAUGACCCUAGCCUUACUGUAGUGUAUUAGUACUGUGCUGGUAUGGGUGGUAGACAUACUGACACAGUACAUGUGUAUUGUUAGUUUGUUAACAUGCUUAUAGACUCUGCACUCAAUCAGAGUUUUGCCAUGCAUUGUCUGGACUUUCAAGCGCGGCAGACUCCAGGGAAAAGGCCUUCAGUGAUUAUCUUCUCUUAGAAAUUGUAUAAAAUUUGUACAGAGGAAAAUUGUUGGUGCCGAGGAGCAUUCAGAUGAUAUGGUGUAGAGGUUAAUGAAAAUCCCUUAGCAUUUGGAUGAUGUAUUGAUGAUUAGUGCGGGAGGACACUGUGCAAUGGAGCAUAUUAACAGGCUAACAGGAGUCUGUCACCAUAGUCCAUAGAUAAGUCAUUAGUAUGCAAAGUCCAAUAGGCCUUUAAAGAUCAACUCGAAUUGUGAAUAAUAUGUGAUCCAUAUAUUAACCUUCUUGCAAAAAAAUAUGUGCUUGGUUCCAUCUUAUCUUAGAAGUUACUUUUCUCUAUCAUAUGUUUUGCCCCAUCCUUCAGUUUUGCAAACAUGGCAUAGGAUUGCUUACAGGUUGUCAUCUGUAAACUCAACAGAUAUGACCUCUGCUGGAUGUCUUUCCAAUCGAAAAAUAACUCAAUUUCAGGACUGCAACAAGUUAGGAAAAUCCUGCCACAUCCUUUCCUUUGGCUACAGUAGUGGGAUGAUGCCAAAUUGGAAUAAUUAUGGUCCUGGAAGCAGUGACAAUUGUUUCAUGAUAUUUUAAGAAAAGCAAAAAGAUGAUAAGUUUGAUGUACAGCAUUUAUAACAGCACAAGAAUUUCACUGGUGAUCGAAAAGAAAAACUUGACCAGUGUAUGUGGUCAAUCAAAAAUUUUGAUAGCAACUGCUCAGUUUCUGUAAAUAUCUGUUGAACAUUUGAUGCAAAGAAACUUGAAAGGCUUAGUUUGUGUAAUGUGUAUCCCUUGCUACAUGUACUUGUAUUGUUAGUUUCUAUACAUCUAAUCAAGAUGAGCAAAAUCAUUUAAAGGGAGAGCCACGUGUAUUAUAUCAUCUAGCUCCUGUGUUCCAGUCCUUUGUUACCUAGUGCUACAUGUAGAAUACACUUUGCUGUAGCAUACACACGUGCUGAAAUAUUCUAAUCAAAAGCCACAAGGUAAUAUGAUAGAGGGAAGGAACUACUGUAAAAAAAAAGGAUAUAAAAUUACUGAACAAAAUUCUUGAGCUUCACAAAAAGCAAAAUUAUAUAUAGGAAUAUUUCUAACAUCUGAUACUUCGUGUCAAUGACAGCAGAAAGUAGGGUUUAAAGGGUUUGAUUUAUACUUCUGCAGCAAAGUGCUCCCUUGUUGUCUGCCUGGCAUUUCAGUUGUGUACUGUCCUGUGUAUGGUGAGGAGUUAGCAAUGUCCGAGUCCUGAUGUACAUGUAGCUGUGCUGGGGACACGCCCGUCAUGGUGGGGAGGACCUAUUUUCUGUAUGUACCAAUGAAUUCAGAUAAUAGAAACAAAUUUGUAGCCAUUUCAAAUAAGCUACAAUUAAAAUGAAUAUCAUGAAGAU